GUUCACUGAAGCCGGAUGGAUUAUUUCUGUUGUGCUGUCGGUGGAGAAAACCGAAAGCCGAGAGACAGUUCUUCAAGGUGAUGGAAGCGAAGGGCUUCGCCAUAGAGCUGCUACAACCUCCUGGCACGGAGAAACAGUUUGCCUCGACUUUGCCGUGGCGCGACUUCGGCAAUCCGAAGAGCGAGGCAAGCAACAGAUACCUCACGCAGGCAAUUUCUGUUGCCGGCGUCAUGACCCGGGUCUCAGAUGUCACCCAGGAGAUGCAAAAGCAGCUAGCUGACGACGAGUUCCGGACUUUCGAAGGUAUCUUCACACAGCUCUACCUCUUCCAGCUCAAAGCCGCGAGGGAUGCCUUGAAGCGGAAGAGGACAGAGACGGAAGAAGACAAAGAAGCUGUCGUG